CGCAUGGUCAUCCUUUCUUCCUGCGCAUUCUGAAACCGGCGGCAGCCGUGAACCUAAUAAAACAGUGCCAGAAAAGGUUUGCGGUUGAGGUUGACGGUAUCAGCCAUUAAAGUGGCGCGGGCGGGCGGCUCUGUGGGCCGCUUUCGCCAUGGCGACUUACGUGAGUGAGCUGGAGGUGGCCAAGAAGAACCUGAGCGAGGCGCUGGGCGAGAAUGUGAAGCAAUACUGGGCUAAUUUAAAGCUGUGGUUUAAGCAGAAGAUCAGCAAAGAAGAGUUUGACCUAGAAGCACGAAGGCUCCUCACGCAAGACAAUGUUCAUUCGCAUAACGAUUUCCUCUUGGCUAUUCUCACACGGUGCCAGAUCUUGGUUUCUGCACCUGAGGGUGCUGGCUCUCUGCCAUGGACAGGAGGUUCUGCAACAAAACCUGGCAAGCCCAAAGGGAAGAAAAAAUUUUCUUCUGCUCGACAGAAGUUUGAUCACCGGUUCCAGCCACAGAACCCAUUAUCGGGAGCCCCGCAGUUCAUGGCCAAGGACCCCCAAGAAGAUGAUGACCUGAAGCUGUGUUCGCACACCAUGAUGCUUCCCACUUGGGGCCAGUUGGAGGGGAGGAUGAUUGUUACUGCUUAUGAGCAUGGCCUGGACAAUGUCACCGAAGAGGCAGUGACAGUCAUUGUCUGUGCCGUGGAGAAGCAUCUCAAGGAUAUCCUUGCGUCAGUAAUAUCCAGGAGAAAGGCCUACCGCCUGAAGGACGGUCACUUCAAAUACGCCUUUGGCAGCAAUGUCAAUCCACAGCCUUUCCUGAAGAACAGUGUUGUGGCUUAUAACAGUUUAAUGGAAUGCCCGCCAACCUGCUUAGCUCCCCCUCCGGGUCAGAACCUGGCUUCCCACCCUACUCCUGAUGAUGCUGAGCAACAGGCUGCCCUCCUGCUAGCCUGUUCGGGGGAUACUGCACCACCAUCUCUCCCACCUGUGAAUAUGUAUGACCUCUUUGAGGCAUUGCAGAUCUACCGAGAAGUGAUCCCUGCUCACACCAUUUACGCUCUCAACAUUGAAAGGAUCAUCAUGAAGCUCUGGCACCCAAACCACGAAGAGCUGCAGCAGGACAAAAUCCACCGGCAGCGCUUGGCGGCAAAAGAAGGGCUCUUGAUGUGCUGAGGUCCACAGCAGCAUUUCCUAGGCCUGCCUCGUCAGGCAUCUGGACUUUGCGUAGCUGGGCCAGCAUUUCCCAGUGGAAACGUGGACAUCUUUCCAAUGGAAAUAUGACUCGAGAUGCAGGAGGAUGUUGUGUUUGCCGUCGGAAACCAUGUCACAAAAAAACUGCAGUAACGAUGCCUCGUCUUCCUCAAGGAUGAUACUGCUUCGUCGGUGCAUUAACCUUUAACCAAACGGAAUGCAAAUCAUUCUGAAAAAGCUUGGGCCGUGUCAAGUAGCGGAACGAGUUGGGAAGUGUGACAUCCUGUGUUGUUGCUUUGUUUCUGUUGCUGUUGGACAGACGUGGAGGAUUGUGGUCAGCAAGCAGCCAGUUCUGGCAGUUCAAGGUGCCCUGCCCAGUUGCCGUUUUUGAACCGCAGCCCUAGGCUGCCUUGCCAGUAAACCUGUGUUCAGCAAAGUUGGUUUUUCUGUGUUAUGGAUGUAUGAUACAUGGGCAAAAGCCGUGACAAUAAAACUCAGUUCUGAGGCAGUUUUUAUAAAA